GGGACCUAAAGCGGCUUUGUGAAGUCAGCACGCGCCUCCAUGAUAUCGCCGUUCCCCAUCUAUAUCGAUCCCUUAUUCUAUCCGCCCCAGAACUAUCAUUAGAGAAGUUCACUACGACUCUGGAGGCGAUAUCAUCCAACAAUCUGAAGUGCACCCAAGAGCUCGCUUUCUACGUUCCAAUCCAUGAGCGAAUCGAAUAUCGCUGCAUACAUCACGGCCUUAAUGGGAAUUCCAUUGAUGAGGCUGUCCAAGAUGGGCUGGCUUUAUUGCUACAGAACAAUGAAAGUUUGAAUGAUACAAAUACCGAUGAGAAUACGGAUAAGGUUGGUAAAGGCAUUGGUGUUUGACACCAGGCCUUUGGAAGCCAGACAGUUAACAAACUAGCGCAGGGGCCCAGAAUGGACAGUCUAAUGAAUUUGAAUUCUGCGAUGGACUCUCUAAGGUUUUCAGAUGAUCAGUUACGAGCUUUCCGGUUAGUAUUGCAUUUUCUAUCCUCUGCAGCCCGCUUACGCGAGUCUAGGUGGGAGGUAGGAACAUGUAUUCCUGAGGCCCUCUUCAAUUCUGUUCUCAGCAACCAAAAACGCAUCCAACGCAUUGCCUUAAUCACCGAUGGUGAAUGUGGUGCAACCAACAGCUCGCAGAACUAUGUAGAUCUUGUCCAGGUUAGAGAAUUACGGUCACUUGAUUGGAGGGGUUUGUGUCGAUAUACCGACUUUGAAUCCGUCCGACAAUGUGUCAGGGCUCAUGGCCAUCAAAUUCAAUCACUUACACUUGAUCUUCUGACCUGGGAUCGUGCGGAGGAUAUUUGGGCUUAUGGAUACCGCCAACAGAGUCCCCAGCGCACACCGAUUCCUGACAACUUCUUCUCGCAAAGGGUGCUCAACAUCCAGCUCCGAGACAAGACGGUCAUUUUUUCAUCACUUGAGAGUCUUCAUCUGUCGGGAGUAUCCUUUUAUCACACCGGCAUGGAAAUGGCCUAUGCUUUCAAUGUCGGACAGCUAAAGAGUCUCAAGUUACGGAACUGCCCGGGGUCUUUUGAGUGGGUGGGAAUGAUACUCGAAAAGCCAAUGAAACUGAAAUCCUUCGAACUUGCUCUCGAUCUCGAUAGUAUUCGUAGGGCUGCAUACUUGCACAUCACGGAGACGAUCUGCAAUUUCCUUCAAUACGUUUCCGACUUAGAGUCCCUCUAUCUCGCUCUUCCUGUGCCUAUCGACUGGACCACUCUCACGGACAGACUGUCAAGUCAUUGUCAUCUCAGGCGUUUUGUUAUACAUAAUCUGAUGGAUAGGGGCGGGCAGAACCUCAUCGAUGGAGAUAUACCAUGGUCUUUGCCUUUGAAGCACAUGCUUCAAAAAAAGCAACUAACUUGCUUUGGAUCGUCUAUGGCACCGAGGAAAUUGACACGUUACUUGCAAAUGAUGCAGCCAAAGCCGUCAUGUAAAAUGAUACACAUCAGGACAAGUGGAGUGGUUCUUGAUAGACUGUUCGGCUCUCGUCAACCCAACUGGUUUUCCCAGUCUUUUUAUGCCUAUAAAUAUGGCGAAGAUUUUCCAUACAAGACCGAGGACAUCUACAAUUUUGCGCAGUGGGCAUUCGGUGCUGAUGGUCUUUCAAAUCUCCAGGUACUCGCUUGGGGAGACUUCUCAUAUCGAGGCCGCUAUUCAAAGUUCAAUCUUCUCCUUUGCAGAUCCGACGGUGGCUACCGCACCUUAACUCCUUCCGAUACUAUCCCUUGGAGUCUUGUUCAGGAUAAUCUAGAUAUGCUAGCGGCGUGCGCUUUCGAAGAUAUUCUGGAAUAAAUGAUCUGACGCGCAAGACUAUAUACUAGUACCCAAAGAGUAAAAUAAUUUCAUCUCUCAC